UCUUAGUGAACAAGAUUGACUUCUCUAUAAGUAGACUUCCAAAGCUAAGAAUAGCAAAAUAAAGUUCAAACAGUAGUACCAUAUACAUAGACACAAAAUGUCUGAAGUGAAGUUGUUUGGAGCUUGGUUUAGCCCUUAUGUGAGGAGAGUGGAAAUGUCCCUCAAAUUGAAGGGUGUGGAAUAUGAAUAUAUCGAAGAAGAUCUCAAGAACAAAUCACCUCUUCUUCUACAAUACAAUCCAAUAACCAAGCUAGUGCCUGUUUUAGUUCACAAUGGCAAACCCAUUUUUGAGUCCAGUGUGAUUCUUGAAUACAUCGAUGAGACAUGGGAAGGUCCCUCUGUCUUUCCCAAAGACCCCUACGACCGUGCCAUGUCGCGUUUCUGGGCAAAGUUUGUCGAGGAUAAGUGCUCGGAUCCGUUGUGGAAAGCGUGUUGGAGCGCGGGAGAGGAGAGGGAGAAGGCAGCCAAGGAAGCCGAAGAAGGCUUCAAGAUUCUAGAGAAUGAAAUCAAGGACAAGAAAUUCUUCGGAGGCGACAACAUUGGACUGGUAGAUUUGGUUGCCAAUUUUGUUGCACUUUGGGCUCCAAUUCUUCAGGAUGUGGUUGGAUUCCACCUUUUGACACAAGAUAAGUUUCCUAAUAUAAGCAAAUGGGCUGAUGAGUUUUGCAAGGAUAGCUUUGUUGAGAAAAAUAUGCCUGAGAAGGAGAAAGUGAAAUUGUGGUUGAAGAUGGCUCUUGAGACUGGUAGUCUCUACUAAAGAGUGACUUCAAUAUUGCAGUGUCUGUAUCGUUUAUUUAUGAGUAAGAUAGUAAUGAAAAUAGUGUCUUAUCUAUGUGUGGUUCUGUUCGAAUAAGACAUUGUGUGAUGUUAAAGUUUGGAAUUUGUUGGAGGGCAUAUGUUUUCGUCAUUA